AUGGCUCCCAAGCGUAUCGGCGGCUCCCGCCGCUCAUACAACCCCAUCACCGGCCUUUACGACGCCUUUGUCACCUCCGAGAAUGCCUCCAUUGUCCGCAGCGUCACAGCAUUCGGGGUAGCUGUUACCUUCUUGGCUAGCGGCUUUGCCGGUGCCAUUCUCUGCCCUGAGUAA